UCGUAAACACUAACGCACAGCUAUGUAGUAUGUAGUAAAUAUUUUAUUUUAUAAUUAUUACUAAAUAUAACAAAAGCAAAGUUUAAUAAAAUUAUAUUUAUAAGAGCAAACUUGAUAUUCAAUCUCUUAAAGAAUGUUGAAGAUUACUAUAUAAUAAAAGCUAAUACACAUUAGAUUCGUAAACCAUGUCAGACGCUUGGGAAGAAAUACAAGCGGUUAAAAGUAAGAGAAAUAGCCUGAGAGAAAAGUUAGAAAAGCGCAAAAAGGAAAGACAGAGUAUAUUGGCGAGCAACUUGGGGGUUGAUAAAAGAGAUGGAUCUCCUAGUGGAAAAGAGAGAAUAGUUUGUACCGCAGCUACAAAAUGUGAGCCUUCACCCCCAGAAAAACCAAAGCUACCAGUGCCGCCAGCAUCACUAGAGGUCAGAUUACUUCAAGUACUGUCAGAUAUGCAGCUCCAGUUACCUGCUACGGCCAGUGCAUUAAUGCCUGGCUUAGGAGAUGUGGACACUGGUAUUGUCGCCAGUUUACUACAAAAGUUUGCAACACAGAAGCUCAUAAACAUCAAAGAACGAACGGAGAGUACAACUGAUGCUAACAUUGAGGUAGUCAGUGCCGAGUCUGUUAGACUAGCUGCUGUUUUGGCUGCACUAAUGGAAGAGCAGUCGAAUGGAAGUAAUGCUAAAAGAAAAGAUGACACAAAGAACGUAGAUGGGCCAAAACCGAAGGUAUCAAAGACCAAUGCGGAAGAAAAAAAAGUUGGAAAAGGAGAUUCUGAUAUAAUGUCCCUAUUGGCGAUGCCUUCAAGUCGUGAGAAAGCAGUGAAAAGGGUUGGCGAGGAAAUAAUGGAUCUGUUAAGUAAACCGACAGCUAAAGAGAAAUCUCUGGCUGAUAAGUUCAAGAGCCAAGGAGGCGCACAAGUAAUGGAGUUUUGCCCUCACGGAACCCGCGCCGAAUGCGUGCGCUCCUUUAAGUCGCAGGACGGGGACCUAAAGGACAAACAUACACAGUACACCUGUAAGAAGCUGCACUUCAAGAAGAUCAUACAGGGGCAUACAGACGAGUCGCUCGGAGACUGUUCCUUCCUGAACACCUGUUUCCAUAUGGAUAGUUGCAAAUAUGUACAUUAUGAAGUGGAUAACACGGACCCAAACUUAACGAACAAGACCGCACUUGAAUCCACUGCUAAACUGGGACAAAAUGGGUCAGUGGUGGUGAUGAAGCCGGAUGGAGUGCUAACAUUGACUCCUCCACAAUGGAUACAAUGUGAUCUCAGAUAUCUCGAUAUGACGUUCUUAGGUAAGUUUGCAGUUAUAAUGGCAGAUCCCCCAUGGGACAUACACAUGGAGCUACCAUACGGGACAAUGUCUGAUGACGAGAUGAGGUGUCUAGGAGUUCCUCAGUUGCAAGACAGCGGCCUGAUAUUCCUCUGGGUGACAGGCAGAGCGAUGGAACUAGGGCGGGAGUGCCUUAAGCUGUGGGGGUACGAGCGAGUGGACGAGCUUAUCUGGGUGAAGACUAAUCAGCUUCAGAGGAUCAUCCGAACUGGUCGCACCGGACACUGGCUGAACCACGGCAAGGAGCACUGUCUUGUUGGUAUGAAGGGCAACCCAGACAAUUUGAAUAGGGGUUUGGAUUGUGACGUCAUUGUGGCUGAGGUUAGGGCAACUUCACAUAAACCGGACGAAAUAUAUGGUAUUAUAGAACGGCUCAGCCCGGGAACAAGAAAGAUAGAAUUAUUUGGUCGACCACACAACGUACAACCGAACUGGAUAACCUUGGGGAACCAAGUGGAUGGGGUACGAUUGGUGGACUCUGACUUAAUAGCAGCAUUUAAGAAGCGCUACCCGGAUGGUAACUGCAUGGCGCCACCACCACCAGAUCCAGGGCUGCCCUAGUAUAUUAUUUUAUCCCAAAACGUGCCUGGUGAUAACCCCUGCCUGCUUAUGUGUAUGUCAGUCAUCUAUAGAUGACCUAAGGUGUGAGCAAUACAGGCACAUGGGACAUUUCGUCUGAAAUUCUUAGGAGGACGGGCGCAGUGCGACCACAUUGAAUCGUAUCUCAUAAUGAGGUAGAUUCGUGAUGUGUUACAAUUCAUACGAGUUUACUGUAUAUGUUGUACGUCCAUUGUAACGUCACUCCGACGAAUGCGGUACGGUUAGCAAAAAAAUAUUUUGGACUUUUUUUGUUUAUUGUAUUUAAAUUAACAUAAAUAUGAUUUGUACUUAAUUAGUAUCACUAUUGUAAUUAAUUUCCAUGAUCUGACACUUGAUACGACAGCUUGGGCAGUGGGAUGUAAAAGAAAAACGAAACAUUAUUAAAGUUUCACUGCAAAUUGUGCUUCCCAUAUUAAUGUCAACACAAACUCAAGAAAGAAAAUAAUUUUAUAGUUAUUUAUGCAACUGUUGUGUAAUGAGAGGUAUUAAAACACGAAUGUGAUUGUGUGUGAGUGAGUGUGAUAAUAGUAUAACAUGAGUGUUUUAAUACCUAAUUAUCAACAGUUGCAUACAAGACUUUAUCUACACCAAUAAUAUGAAUCCUCUAAAAGAUUCUGACACAGCUUACUGCUUACAUUAAAACAGCCAGUUCUAAUAGUAACCUAAUAUCAUCAAUUACUGAUUAUAUACAAAUAAAUUAAGUAUUAAUGAAAAAAAAUAUUUAUUUACCUACAUUUUGUAUAGUGUAAUAUUUAUUAAAAUUCACUUGAACAUUGUUCUUUUGCACCGUUUAAAAUAUCCGGCGGUGUGCUGUCAAAACUUGAAUCGCUCAUUUUGUCAGGAAAAAUGGCGGGGAUUCGAAUAACCUAGUUUUUUUUAACGGCGCGAGACGUUCUGGUAGUGUGGAACGCGCGUAAACGAAGAAGUUCUUUUUUUGAAAUUCGCGAGCAAAAAUAAUGUGGCUGUCUGUUGGAAGUCAUUGCGCAUGAAGGGAUCGAAAAAACAUAGGGAGUGUUGUUAUGAAAUUCAGUACAACAUUACAACACUCGUUUGGUUGAUGUAAUGGUUAUUAGAACAUUGGGUGUUUUAAGUUUGGCAAUAAGCUAACUGUUUCAGAAUCUUUAAUAGAGGAUUUAAAGCAUGGGUGUAGAUAAAAACACUAAUAUCAUCUAUUCAAUACGACAAAUAUGCUGUCGGUACUGUGCGCUCUAGACGAACGAGGGGCGCCGUGCGGGGUAGUGGGUGCGGGCUAUAUUUAAAAUAUGUUAAGUACGGGGUUUACUACAGCUCUGUUUUUUCUGAUGAAUUCUUUAGGUGCACUGCUCAACGUUAAAUUUUUGAACUACAGCAACUCUUACCACAAUCGAGCACUAUUAAAAGUACUGCUUUCGCUUGAUGGGAUGCGAUGAUGUCUUUAUUUAUAUAAUAUUGUUUAUUGUUGAAAAACUUUUUAAAGCUUUCGUUUCGUCGUAGUUUUUUUUGGAAAUAAUAAAAGUUAGUUCAGUUGAGUUGUUUAUUCAAAUUCAAAUAUUUUUAUUCAAAAUAGGAUUCAAAAUCACUUAUUGAACGUCAAAAACUACCACCCAUUCAAAAGAGACUGCCUCAGACCUGAGAAGAAUGGGCGCAAGAAACUCAGCGGGCUUUUUUUUAAAUAUAAAAAUAUGGAUUACAAUGUGAUAUCGUACAAUAAACAUUUAUAAUUAAAGAGCCUGAGGGUGUUCGCUUUAUUCCCAGUCCGUGGUGUCAUUAAGAAAAUCGAAAACUUUUCCCACACAAACGUUUUUUAACAAUUCUUUUAAAUUUCGUAACACAUUUGUUUUGUACAUUUUCUGGGAUCAUAUUGUAGAAGCAUAUACAUCGCUCAACAAAAGACUUACUAACUCGACCCAAACCAGUAGUAGGCAUAACAAGUUUAUGUUUAUUCCUCGUGUUAACAUUAUGAAUGUCACAGUUUCCAGAAAAUUCAACGUGUAUCAAAUAUGUAUUGAGAAGCAACAGUCAAAAUGUUUAUUUCUUUAAAUUUUUCUCUUAAUGGUUCUUUAGGACCUAGGUUAUAAAUCGAGCGAAUAGCCUAUUCUGCAGCACAAAGAUGGUAUUUAUAUCGGCCGCACUGCCCCAUAACAAUAUACCAUAGGACAUAAUACUAUGAAAAUAACUAAAGUAUACUAGUCGCGCCGUAUCUGUCAGUUAAACGUCUAACUUUCUUAACCGCAUAUGCUGCAGAACUAAGCCUAUUCGCCAAUCCUUCGAUAUGGGGAAAUGUUAUAACUUUAUGAGUACUUAAAACAAAAUGUAUUUUCAUAUUUGUUACCUCACAUAAAGUCUAACACUUCUUGUCUUAAGCACACACCGUUAAUAUUUUAAGUAUGUAUUGUUUCACCCGCCUCACCCCGCACAUAUUUAAGGCGCAGUUCAGCUGCUUCGGACAAACUGUAAUAUAUAUUGUUUGUACAUAUUUAAUUUGUAUUCUAUAUCUAAGCGCUACUUUUUAUUAUAAAUAAAACCAACCAAUUAA